AAAAAAAAAAAAAAAAAAAACAUAACAAAUAUUUAAAGAAUACCGUGCGGGCGUCCGGGCAUUGCACAUAUAUUUAAAAAACUGUCGGUUUUCGGUUUGGAUUAAAUAAAUUAAAAGUGAAACGUGUGUAACGGAGAGCGUUCAACGUGCAAAAUGUGCAUACGCAGCAGUAGCGGUGAUUGGGGUGUGUUUGUGCAAACAUUGAUUAUCUCAUGCUUUAUAGCAUUGAUACAAUUUACAUCAGCUUCUUUGCUGGAUAAACUGCAAAACAAUUAUUUGGUAUCAGACUUUCAUGAACUAAUCAGAACGGAUCCAGUUGCUAAUUCAACUUUACAGUUGAGAUCUUGUACAUUGUUUGUGCCCACGAAUGCGGCUGUACGCAAAUAUAACGGAACCAUAUUGGUGUCCUAUCAUAUGGCUACGGUACCCAUGACGGUCAGGCAAUUAACGAAAACCAUUCCAUCAGAUUUCGAAGGCAAUCCUUUAUUGUAUAUUACCAGAAAUCGUAAGGGUGAAGUUUAUGUUAAUAAUGCCUGGAUUAAUCAAACUGAAUCUACGGAGAUUGUUACGCAAGAAAAUAAACGACAGGUGAUGCAUGUUAUCAAUGAUGUUUUGGUUCCGUUAACCUUACUGCCAACAGCCCGUACGCAGGUAACAAAUCCAAAUGCAUGGGAAUUUUUGCAACAAUCGGAUCUAUUCGAUGUUCAAGAAAAUCGUUUAAGAACUUAUCGCUCGCAAGUAACUUUAAUGCGGAAAGAGAGUUUGUAUCAAUCGCCUGGUGGCCACACAUUUUUUAUACCAGUCGAUGAGGGUUUUAAGCAAACAACACGCAGCAGCUUGGUGGACAGAAAAGUGAUCGACGGCCAUGUAAUAUUGAAUAGCGUUCUGUUUUCGGCCGCUCAGUCUACUGAAGAUACUCAUACCACUGCCGCUUUUGAGGAUAACAUUAAGGUUACUGUCAAUUUUUAUUACGAUAAUGACAAGAAACUAUAUGUGAAGUCAAAUACAUUGGUUGGUGAUUCUAAGCAUUCGACUGGCGUAGUAUUGGCUCAAGUACUUAAAGCCAAUAUACCUGUAAGUAAUGGUGUCGUACAUCUCAUACAUCGACCAUUGAUGAUCGUCGAUACAACGGUUAAACAAUUUUUAGAGAAAAAUUUUGGGUGUAAUUCAUUUCAGUCAUUAGUUGACAAUAAAAAUGGAGCUUUGCGCAGAUUCUACGAAGUUAUUAUGGAAAUAGGUGGUGAAGUCUUGGAUGACAUAAACAGUUUAGGUGACGUAACUAUUUUGGCGCCCAGCAAUGAAGCUUGGAAUGCUUCGAAUAUUGAAAACAUAAUAGGAAAUCGGGAAAAAAUGCGCGAUAUUGUUAAUAUGCAUAUAAUCAAAGGACGAGUUGAUGUCGAAAAAAUUAAACAAUCGAAUGAAAAUAUGAUUGGUCAAUUUCCCACCAUACAUAGCAGUACAUUUCUGUACUUUAAUGUGAAUGGCGAUGAUACAAACGAAGUGGUUACCGUGGAGGGAGGUGGCGUCAAUGCCACCAUUAUUGUACCCGAUAUUGCUCAAACGAAUGGUUUUGUUCAUAUAAUCGACAGAGUUUUGGGCGUACCGUAUACCACGGUAUUAGGAAAAUUAGAAACGGAUCCCAUGUUAAGUGAUACCUAUCGUAUGGGACAAUUUUCAUCGUUCAAUGAUCAACUAAAUAAUACCCAACGCCGUUUCACAUACUUUGUGCCACGUGAUCGCGCCUGGCAAAAAACUCAAUAUGAUUAUCCUUCAGUUUAUAAAAAAUUGUUCAUGAAAGAUUUCGCCUAUCAUUCACGUUGCAUUAUGGAACGACAUCUAUUAAUUGCAGAUGAUAUAUACACUAUGAAGACUUUAGCUGAAAUGACCAAAAAGCAAAAUGAUUCAAUCAUUUUACCUACAUUUAGAGAUUCUUUGAAAAUUAAAGUUGAAGAAGAAGUGGAAAACUUGCAUGAUGAUGAUUCAACUUCAUGGACUGGUUAUGUCAUCCUUUGGAAUUAUAAACGGAUUCGCGUUUUUCGUCCAGAUGUGGAAUGCACUAAUGGCAUCAUACAUGUGAUUGAUUAUCCGAUGCUGGAGAAAAAGGAUAUUGUCGUGAGCGGAGGUAGUUAUCAGUUACAUAGCAACUUCUGUAUAGUGUUUGCAAAUUUCAUCAUCUUAGCAAUAGCGAAAAAUCUUUUCUAAACUUAAACCAAAGCAAGCAAAAAAAAAAAAAAUAAAAUAUUAAAUGCAGAACCAAUUGUGUAUAAUGACUAAACCAAACUAAAAAAAGAAAAAAAAAAAAUGCAUAACUAAAAACCAAACAUAAUGAAAAAAAAAAAAAAAAAAAGAAAAAACAAAUCGUGAACCUAACAGCAACUUAAAUUAAAUUACAUCUACUAUAGCAGAUAAAAUAGAAAU